AUGUUUGCAGCCCGGCCGUGUUCCCGACAAGCGGAGUGCGCUGGCAUUACCAGUUCUUCCUGCGUUCGUACCCAUUACGACUCCGUGACCAGGUGUCUCUGUGGAGACAACUCCCCGCCACUGAAUGGACAGUGUGAGGCUCAGUCCAAAGUCCUCUACCACGUUUGCUCCAACAGCGACGAGUGCAACGACGGACUGAUCUGCGGAUCUCCAAACAUCACGAGCAACGCUCCAUCUCACCUCCGCGUGCUGUCUCCCCAGGAUAAAAUCUGUCUCUGCGACGCUGAGAGUGGAUACAGGGAGCGCGAAUUUACCUGUAGUGAUGCUGACAUUCUCAAAACAUCCAUCGUAGCCAUUGUCAUCGUCACAAGCCUAAGGAAAAUAUUGAUAUACUAA